AUGCGGCUCCCCGGCGGCGCACGCCUCGCGCUCCUCCUCGCCCGCCGCUCCCUCUCCUCCGCCGCCUCAUCCUCCUCCUCCGCCCGCCCCUCUCUCUACGCUUCGCGCGCGCACAGAGCGAGAUGGACCGCGACGCCCUCCUGGAGACCGCCGUUCUCCGCGACUAGUAGCACCCACGCCAGGUUCUUCCACGGGACCAAGCCCGUGACCGUGAGGGACUACUACGACGUGCUUGGCGUGAGCAAGGACGCCGGCCAGGGCGAGAUCAAGAAGGCCUAUUACGGGCUCGCAAAGAAGCUCCACCCAGAUACAAAUAAAGGCGAUGCUGACGCAGAAAAGAAGUUUCAAGAGGUUCAGCGAGCUUAUGAGACUUUGAAGGAUGAACAAAAAAGAACGCUCUAUGAUCAGGUUGGCCCUGAUCAGUAUGAGAAAGCUGCUGCUGGAGGAGGUGGACCUGGCGGAUUCGAUGAUGGCAGUAUUAGAAAUCCAUUCGAGGAUAUUUUCAACGGUGGUGGCGGCGGAGUGAAUGAUUUCUUUAGGAAUAUAUUCAGAGAUAGAGAAUCUGGUGCACAGGAUGUUAAGGUUAAGCUUGAGAUAUCAUUUAUGGAAGCAGUUGAAGGAUGCACCAAAACAAUCACCUUUAACACUUCCGUAACGUGUGAAACCUGCAAUGGAGCUGGUGUACCUUCUGGAACCAAACCAGAAACUUGUCUAGCUUGCAGGGGUUCUGGAUGUAUUAUCAUGCAAACUGGUCUGUUCCGGAUGCAGUCAACAUGCACACAGUGUGGUGGAUCUGGGAAGACUAUAAAGGAUUUCUGCAAGUCGUGCAAUGGAAAGAAAGUUGUGCCAGGAAGAAAAACAGUCACUCUCGAUAUAGUGCCUGGUACAGAUGAUGAGGAGACUUUCAAAGUGCUUAGAUCUGGUCAAGCAGAUCCAGAUGGUCUUCGUGCUGGUGACCUUUAUGUAACCGUUAAGGUACGUGGCGAUCCUGUAUUCCGAAGAGACAAAGGUGAUAUCCAUGUCGAUGCUGUAUUGAAUGUGACUCAGGCAAUUUUGGGAGGUACUGUUCAAGUGCCAACACUCGCUGGGGAUGUUGUUUUAAAGGUUAAGCCUGGAACUCAACCUGGUCAAAAGGUUGUUCUCAGAGGAAAAGGAAUCAAGACAAGAAACUCAUAUUCGUAUGGAGAUCAAUACGUCCAUUUCAGUGUCAAGAUCCCUGCGAAUCUGACACAGAGACAGCGAACACUUCUAGAGGAAUUCGCGAAGGAAGAGCAAGGCGAGGAUGAGAAGGACGCGAAGAAGGCAGCUGGCGCAUCGGGGUAGCCGGUUUGAGGAGCCAACCCACCCACAUUUCAUGGGCGGUUGAAUUUACCACAUACCGAUGCAGGAUAGAGUAGGAUGCAGCCUGGAAUUUGCAGGUGCAAAGUUAUAUAGUUAGGUUGCAUGGAUUUUGCAUGACAACACAUAGAUCUUGGUUUCUGAGUUUUUGUAGCUGUAAUAAUGCUACUACACCCUGCCACCUGGCGUGUAUUCUCCUGAAGGCAAUCUAUUGCAAGAUUGCCAGGGGCAUCUUGUAUUGUAUAAUCUUUAUGUGUUACAGACAUACUGAACACACGUUGCAACUGUCAA